AUGUACACUGCUAUUACUGAUUCUACUAUUAAGAUCUCUAUUAUUGGUGCUGCUGGUGGUAUUGGACAGUCAUUAACAUUAUUGUUGAAAACCCAAAUACAUAAUUUAAUACCAAUUGGCUCAAAUAAAGUUAAAAAAAAUCAUAUUCAUUUGGCUCUAUAUGAUAUUAACUCAGACGCUGUUAAUGGUGUCGCUACUGAUUUAUCUCAUAUCGAUACCCCAGUUUCUUUAUCUAGCCAUUCACCAAACACCGAAAAUGGUAUUAAAGAUUGUUUAAAGGAUACAGAUUUAAUAAUUAUUAGUGCAGGUUUACCAAGAAAACCAGGUAUGACAAGAGAAGAUUUAUUCAAUAAAAAUGCAAGUAUUAUUUCAUCUUUAACUGAUUCCAUUAUUGAGCAUUGUGAUUUAUCUAAAAUUUUUAUCUUAGUUAUUUCAAAUCCUGUUAAUUCUUUGGUUCCCGUUAUUACUAAAAAGUUUAUAAAAUUUGAUCCAACAGCUGAUGUUGAAAGGAGAGUUAUGGGUGUCACUAAAUUGGAUAUCGUCAGAGCCUCUACUUUCUUACAUCAAUUUGGUAUCAAUGAAGGUUUUGAAAAAAGAUCAAGCAUUAUGCCUUCCGUGCCUGUCAUUGGCGGCCAUUCUGGUGAAACUAUUAUCCCAUUAUUCUCUCAAUCAAAAAUUCAUCCUCAGUUAACAAAUGAACAAGUAGAUUAUCUGACUAAGAGAGUCCAAUGUGGUGGUGAUGAAGUUGUAAAAGCCAAAAAUGGUCAAGGAAGUGCAACUUUGUCAAUGGCUUUAGCUGGUUAUAAAGUUGUUGCAAAAUUUAUAUCUCUAUUAUCAGGACAAGAAGACAUUAUUAAAGCCAUUUUUUACAUUUCAUUAUUGGAUCACACUAAAAAUGAACCAAUUUGUCCUGGUGCAAAGGAGUUGAUGGAUACAGUCGAUGGAUUAGAUUUCUUUUCUAUCCCAUUGACCAUUUCAGCAAAGGGUGUCCAUUCAAUAAAAUAUUGGAUCAUGGAUGAAAUGAAUGAUUAUGAAAAGGAUGAAUUAUUAUCUGCAUGUAUUCCAAAACUAAGAGAAAACAUUAAAACUGGCUGGGAUUUUAUCCAAGAUUAA